GGCGGGAGCCUGCAGCGUCUGCAGCCGCGCUGGCCGCCCGCGCCCCGGCGCGCUCGGGCUCGGCCAUGGAGCUGCCAGCUGUGGGCGAGCACGUCUUCGCCGUGGAGAGCAUCGAGAAGAAGCGGAUCCGCAAGGGCCGAGUGGAGUACCUGGUGAAAUGGAGAGGCUGGUCCCCCAAAUACAACACGUGGGAACCAGAGGAGAAUAUUUUGGACCCCAGACUGCUCAUCGCCUUCCAGAACAGAGAACGGCAGGAGCAACUGAUGGGCUACCGAAAGAGAGGCCCCAAGCCCAAGCCGCUGGUAGUGCAGGUCCCCACCUUCGCCCGGAGGUCCAACGUGCUCACCGGCCUCCAGGACUCCUCGGCCGACAACCGCGCCAAGCUGGAGCUGGGCGCACCGGGCAAGGGCCAGGGGCACCAGUAUGAGCUCAACAGCAAGAAGCACCACCAGUACCAGCCGCACAGCAAGGAGCGGGCGGGCAAGCCCCCGCCGCCGGGCAAGGGCGGCAAGUACUACUACCAGCUCAACAGCAAGAAGCAUCACCCCUACCAGCCGGACCCCAAGAUGUACGACCUGCAGUACCAGGGCGGCCACAAGGAGGCUCCCGGCCCCACCUGCCCGGACCUGGGCGCCAAGAGCCACGGGCACGGCGCGGGUGCCAAGGGCUACCUGGGCGCGGUGAAGCCGCUGGCUGGGUCCGCCGCGGGGACGCCCGGCAAGGGCUCCGACAAGGGCCCCCCCAAUGGCCUGGCGCCCGCUCCCAAGGAGGCCGUGACCGGCAACGGGAUCGGGGGCAAGAUGAAGAUCGUCAAGAACAAGAACAAGAACGGGCGCAUCGUCAUCGUCAUGAGCAAGUACAUGGACAACGGGAUGCAGGCGGUGAAGAUCAAGUCCGGGGAGGCCGAGGUGGACGCGCGCUCCCCGGGCAGCCACAAAAAGCGAGCACCCGACGAGCGCCACCCCCAGACGGACAGGACUUUCAAAAAGGCCGCAGGGACGGAGGAGAAGAAGGUGGAAGUGGCCGCUACCAAGAGGCGCGAGGAGGACACGCCCGGCCCUGGACUGACGCAGCCCCAGGACACCGGCGGCAGCGGCGGCGGUGGCGCCCGCAAACUGUCCCCCGCCACCAAGGAGGCCUUCGGGGAGCAGCCCCUGCAGCUCACCACCAAGCCCGACCUGCUGGCCUGGGACUCGCCGCGGGGCGCACACGCGCCCCCCUCGCACCACCACCAUCACCACCACCACCACCACCACCACCACGCGCUCGGCCUCAACCUGGCCCCCUCGCGCAAGCGCUGCCUGUCAGAGACACACGGGGAGCGCGACCCCUGCAAGAAGCGGCUCACGGCGCGGAGCAUCAGCACCCCUGUCUGUCUGGGGGGCAGCCCGGGGGCCGAGCGCCCCGUGGACGUGCCCAUGCACGCCGCCGCCGCCUCCGCCCUCCCCGCGCAGCCCGAGGUCAUCCUGCUGGACUCGGACCUGGACGAGCCCAUUGACUUGCGCUGCGUAAAGACGCGCGGAGAGGCCGGGGAGCCUCUCCUCCCCGCAGCGCUGAGGGUCAAGCCGGAGGCGCCCGCCACGGUGGUGGCAGCGGCAGCAUCGGUGGAGGCUGCGCCUGAGAAAUCCCCCGCCGAGGCCCAGGACGAGCCCGACGAGCCGCUGAGCGGAUUCAAGCCCUUCUUUGGGAAUAUAAUCAUCACCGACGUGACCGCCAACUGCCUCACCGUCACUUUCAAGGAGUACGUGACGGUGUAGCGCGAGCCAUCGACCGAGCAGUGCGGGUGUGGGAAGGGGACCCCAGUUCCCUGGAGGGGUGAGGGGUGGGGACAGACGCCCGGCUAGCUGGCUGGACAUUUCUUCGGGCAGGAACCAUCCCCACCUCCACCCCCACAUCCCCUCUCCUGGGAGCGCUGAGGGUGCCCAGGGGCGCCCCCAACCCCAGCUGGAGCGAGCGGGAUGCGGGGCGCCAGGCCAGGGCCGCGUCCAGAGUUCUAGUAUUGCUAUUUUAACUAACCGUGCUGACUUGUUUUAAGUGCAGGCUUGUACGUGGUGUUAUUGAAACGUAUUGUUUGAGCUCAGACGGGCCCCCCUCGGCCAUCCCUCCACCUUACCCCCCCACCCCUUUUGGGCUGAUAUAUAUAUAUAUUUAUUUGUAGGUAUUUAUAUAUUGAAAUAUAAAAACCUAGAUUUAUGGAGUUUCCUCUAGAUCAUGUUAUAUUCUAUACCAGACAAACUAUUUUCUGUUGCUCCUCCCUCGGUUAAUAUUUGGGUCCAUUUCCUACCCACCACCCCACAAUCCACCCCCCCCCCGCCAGGAUUCGCAGACUAGUCACCUUGGUAUAUAUUUUUUGAUACUGUCCACAUGGAUGUGUUGUUUCUAUGUGCAAAAAAAGAAAAAAGAAAAAAAAGUUUGUUAACCGGCUAAACGAGCUCUCUAGAAACUGCUGCUACUAGGAAUGUCUAAACGAUGCUUCGGGUUCUUACCUGCUUGAAUGUACAUAGUAAAAAGGAGGUUUGAAGGUG